AAUCAAAACAGAUCGUAAGAAGUCGUAGCUGGUUCAUUCAUAGCCGGCGGUCAAGAGGCACCGGUGUCUCGCCUGCUCCAUUUAAUUUUUAUUCGCAAAUUCUCCACGUUGUUGUAGUGCCAAGGACUGUUGUCGCGUAUCUAGGAAGAAUUACUCGAGCUAAUAUCGACUCUUAUAUUUUUUUUAUCUUAGAAUAACGUCGUUUUUCAAGUGAGACGCUUGACUCACUUUUUCGAGAUGACUAAAAUACCAGAAGCAUUUUUGAAACAGUUAUGGCUCACCUUCGGCGCUUCACUCGCUUUCCUUAUUAUUGGCCUGGUCCGAGGAUAUUCAGCUUCCGCUAUACCUUCAAUAGAAAGUCUGGAACCAGAUCUUAUUCAGCACAGUGAACAAAAAUCAUGGAUUGGUGCGAUACCACCAUUAGGUGCCUUCCUGGGCAGUAUGUGUUCCGGACCAUUAAUGCAACGUGCGGGCAGAAAACGAACUUUGCAACUGACUGCACCACUUUGGGCUGCCAGUUGGCUAAUACUCGGAUUUGCACCUAACUUUCCGCUCGUAUUGUUGGGUCGUAUCAUGUCAGGCCUUUGCGUCGGCUUCGCUUUAGCGCCAGCUCAAGUAUAUGUAAGCGAAUGCUGUGAUCCUGAAAUCCGUGGAAGGCUCGGAUCUCUGCCUACACUGUCCAUGUCACUGGGCAUUCUAAUCUCCUACUUGGCCGGUAACUGGCUGUCAUGGAGACAUCUGUCCUUCCUCUCCGCCUUGUUCUGUGCGGCUUUAUUUCUUGUUCUACUACCGUUACCUGAGUCUCCAAUAUGGUUGAGUUCAAGAGGCCUGGACAACACAUCCGCGGUCAAGUGGUUGCAACUCUCCCAACAUGCCAUAGCUACCGUCAAAGAGGACGAUCAAGAGCACAAUCAAAAAGGAGAAGAGCCCAAAAGUCUAUUUACACGCGAAGUAUUCUUUUCUUCAGCGGUCAUCAAGCCUCUCAUUGUGGGGUUUGCCUUACUCUUCUUCCAACAAUUCAGCGGUAUCGACGCCGUCAUCUUCUUCACAGUCGAAAUAUUCCAAACCGCUGGAAGCAAGCUAGACGCGAUGACAGCGACGAUCAUAGUGGGCGCAGUGCAGUUGUUCAGUAACGGAGUCAGCACCGUCCUCGUGGACCGAGCUGGCCGUCGGCCGCUGCUGCUGCUCUCUGCGGUCACGAUGUGUGUUUCCAUGCUGUCCAUGGGAGCUGCUUUCUACUUUCAAUUUGAACACAACUCUUUACUGGGGUACCUGCCGAUUGCCAGCUUGGUGGUGUUUAUGCUGGGAUUUUCACUUGGAUUCGGAGGCCUUCCGUUUCUACUGCUCGGGGAACUGUUCCCCGCCCAUUACCGUUCACAACUGUCCGCCAUGGCCAGUGCCGUGAACCUCAUGUCCAUGUUCACCGUCAUCAAAUCUUAUCAUGCUUUGGAGCGUGUAUUGACUUCAGCGGGAACGUUUUGGAUGUACGCUUGUUUCUGCGCUUUGGCAUUUUUCUUCGUUUUAUUCAUGGUUCCUGAAACGAAAGGGAAAUCACUCGCUGAGAUAGAACAACACUUCCGGGGCAAGAAGAGGAAAAAUGAAGUCGAUUUGAAAUCAGUUCAAACUAAAUUUUAAUCAUAGUAAUAAAAUUAAUAUACAUAAGUUGAAAAUGUGCGUCUUCGGUUUCUUGGAAAUUGUUGUUUAAUGUUAUGAU